GCGAAGAAUCCAUCAUACAUAACGAACCCUGAAACAAUUUCUCCAACCCUAGCGCGCACACACACGCACAAUCCUUUCUCUCUCUGAAACUGUACGUUACGUAACCGUAGGCGAUAUCACAAAUUCACAGCACACACAGUCCCCACUCUCUACAAUGACCGGUCAACGCAGCUCCUACGGCAAGCGCUCCCACUCGCACUCCGAUUCCGACGCCGGCUCCAAAAACAAGCGCCGCAACCCCGCCGCCGACGAGUCCUCCUCCUCCCUCAUCACCGCCGACGACACCGUCUUCCGCUACCUCUGCCCCGUCCGCAAGAUCGGCAGCGUCAUUGGCCGCGGCGGCGACAUCGUCAAGCAGCUCCGCGCCGACACCAAGGCCAAGAUCCGCAUCGGUGACGCGCUCCCCGGCUGCGACGAGCGCGUCGUCACCAUCCACAGUUCCUCCGAGGAGACCAACCAUUUCGACGAGACCGAUGAUCUCGUCUCGCCCGCGCAGGACGCGCUUUUUAGGGUUCACCAGCGCGUGAUUGCGGAGGACGCACGUGAGGAUGAGGACGAGGAGAGGAAUCAUGUGACUGCGAAGCUUCUCGUGCCGUCCGAUCAGAUCGGAUGCGUCAUUGGAAAAGGCGGCCAGAUCGUGCAGAAUAUACGGAGCGAAACCGGCGCGCAGAUUCGGAUCCUUAAGGAUGAUCGCUUGCCUCCUUGCGCGUUAAGCACCGAUGAACUUGUUCAGAUAUCUGGUGAGGCUGCGGUUGUGAAGAAAGCUCUGUUUCAAAUUGCUGCUCAGAUUCGUGAUAAUCCAUCGCGGUCUCAGCAUCUGCUUGCUUCUGCAGUUCCUGGUGGGUAUGCAACUGGUGGUCCUGGUGCAGGGGCUCCGAUUAUGGGAGUGGCUCCUUUUGUGGGUGCUUAUGGGGGGUAUAAAGGUGAUACUGGUGACUGGUCACGGUCUUUGUAUCCUGCCCCAAGGGAUGAAGCGUCUAUGAGAGAGUUUUCAGUUCGGUUUGUCUGUCCUACUGGGAACAUUGGUGGUGUGAUAGGAAAGGGUGGUGCCAUAAUAAAUCAAAUCAGGCAGGAUUCUGGGGCAACCAUCAAAGUUGAUAGUUCAGCAACUGAGGGAGAUGACUGUUUGAUAAUCAUUUCGACGAAAGAGUUUUUUGAGGAUUCUUUCUCUCCAACUAUAGAAGCUGCUGUGCGAUUGCAACCUCGGUGCAGUGAGAAAGUGGAAAGAGAUUCAGGGAUUGUCUCUUUCACUACCCGUCUUCUGGUGCCAACCUCCCGAAUUGGUUGCCUUAUUGGUAAAGGAGGGACAAUUGUAACUGAAAUGAGGAGGCUUACAAAAGCAAACAUUCGCAUCCUGUCAAAGGAUAAUCUUCCUAAAAUUGCGUCUGAAGAUGAUGAAAUGGUGCAGAUUUCUGGAGACCUUGAUGUUGCUAAGGAUGCUCUUGUGCAAGCACUUACACGGCUAAGAGCAAAUCUUUUUGAUAAGGAGCGUGCUGUCUCAGGAUUUCUUCCAGUGCUUCCAUAUCUUCCUGCUUCAGUUGAUGGAUCAGAUGGUUUGAACUAUGACAGUAGGGAUGGUAAACGACAUGGACGUGGUGGAUAUUCCGGUGGGUAUGGAGGUUCAAGUGAUUUGGCAUCUGGUGAUGGUUAUGGAAGCUAUGGAAAUUCACAGCUUGGUAGCAGUGGUGGUGCUUAUGGAAAUUAUUCUUUGGGACGAACUAGUGCCUAUGGGUCUUCUCAGAAUGGUUCUUCUCGGAGGAGAAACCAUGCUUACUAAAACUUGAUGGGUCCCUGCAGGUGUCAAUAUUUUCCUGUCAUUAGCAAGUUAUGGGUAUUCUUCAUCAUUCGACUUUGAUUAAUCAUAUUUAUGGAUGUACUUCAGUACUUCAGAUAUGAUGAAUGAGAGGUAUGGAAUCUGUUUAUGUGCUUCUUGUUCUUGGCUAAGGUAAUACAUUUGGAGGCAUGUAAAAUCUUUCAUGAUUCAGAAAUAGAAUAAUAUAGUACAUGCUUGUUGCAGCCAUGAUUAAAUAGGGUGGAGUGGCCCAUUUGACAGUCCUAGUUUUGGGCAGCUUUUUGCAAUAAAACCUUUAUAUGCCUAACAUGGCUUUUACACAAAAAUUAUGACAUGUUGAUGUCUCUCUUUUUGUGUGUGUGGUCUGUGUGGUGAUACAUUGUAGUUCAUGCAUGCACCUGAAUUAAUGCUCCACAUAAAUGCUUAAAAGAAAAAGGAAAACAUCUAUUCUUUAGUUGUUGACUAGUAUGCUUUACUAUCUGAUCCGGAUUGGUAUGCCUACAUGAGUGUUAUUAAAUAGCAGCCAUGGUCGAAAGCAGUGCUGGAUUUUUUGUCAACUGCCAUAGGAAAUAUAUGAAAAUAGGCCCACCAUGGUGUGUUUAUAUGGCGGAGUUUCAGCCUUCCACCAUCCACCAUUGAUUACACUGCAUUACCUUAAGUACUUGUCUGGAAAUUCUAGCUGUAAUGAACAGGAGGCUUGGAGGACAUGGAUUUCUUUUAUUAGAUGUUAGUUUUGUAUUGUAUUUAGGCAGUUCAAUAAAAAAGGAAGAAUGAAAUGCUAACAUAUGCCAUUUUGAUGAUCCCUGGGAUUUUGGAAAUCAAGCAAUAUUUUGAGUUAACGUGGAUAAUUGAAAUACGGUGACGUGUGGUAUGUAUUUUCUUUUAGCGUACUUUUGGUCUGUAGCUUUAAUUGAAUGCUGCAGCUGAAUCACCCUUAUUUGUAACUCAUUUUGCCAGGUCAUUUCAGGUAUGAAACAGGUAAGCUCCCUCCCUUAGGUCAUUUACGAUGCACCGAUGUGCAGAAGCAAAUGUGCCUAACAGGAAUUUUCUAAAUCAAAUGAAGUAGAUUUGGGUCUGGUGAUGGAUGAUGGAUCCCGUUGAAAAGUUUUUUUUUUUCCCUUGUCUUGAGCAUGAUUAGUAUAGAGAAUAUCUGAUGUUUGUCAUAAUACAAAAGCAUGGUGGUACAACUAACUUUGUUAUUCUGUUCUCAAACGUUCCCCCCCCCCCCCCCCCCCCCCCCCCCCCCCCCAUUUUUCGAGUGGCUUGCUAUUUUGCACCUAUAGUUAAACGAAUUGGCAAAUCAGUUGUUUCAAAGGAAGUCAUAUUGUAGAAUUUCAACUUAUGAGUGUCUUUUAUCGUUCUCGAUUAGCAGAGAUGUGAUUGUGAUUCAAGGAUGUGAUGUUUUGGAUUAUCCAA